AUAUGUAUGUAACAUUCAUAAAAACGUGUACUAACCUUAAUAUAUCUGUAACGCACAUGGAUAUGUUCUUGUGAAAGAUUUAUGUUAUAAAAAUUGCUAAAUAUGAAUGAAACACAGAAAGUGCAAUAUUUAAUUGUUGAUACAAGUGCUUUUAUCCGGAAUGCACCUUUGCAGGAUAUUGGUGUAAAUAUAAUAACAGAGCAAGAUGUAGUAAAUGAAGUUACAAGUAAAAGACAAUUGAGAAGACUUGUUGUUUUACCAUAUGACUUAAAAAUACAAAAUGCAUAUCCUGAAAAUAUUAAAUUUGUAACAGAAUUUGCUAAAAAAACUGGUGAUUACAGUAGUUUAUCAGCUACCGAUAUAAAAGUAAUUGCAUUAACAUAUCAGCUAGAAAAAGAAAAAAUAGGAAUUAAUCAUUUAAGAACUGAACCAAAAGUAACACAGACUGUAGAUUCCAAUGCUAAAAAAGCUGAAGAUCUUCAUACACCUUUAGCUGGUUUUUAUAUGCCAAAGAAAAAAGAAGAUAUUGAUGAAGAAAAUAUAAAAGAAUGUGAUAAUGAAGAAUCAAAACAAGAAAAAUAUUCAGAAAAUAAUCAUAACAAAGAAAUAGCAAUAAAUUUGAGAAAUCAUGUAACAAAUGUGGAUCUUGAAGAAACAGAAGAAGAAGAAGAAGAAGAAGAAGAAGAAGAAGAAAAAGAAGAAGAAUCUGAAUCAUAUUAUAGGGAAUCUUACAGUGUUACUGGAUCUGAUUAUGAAACAACAGAGUUUGAAAUAAAUCAGAAUAGAACAGAAGAUUUGUCUACCAAAUUUUCAAGAUUAACUUAUGAAUCAACAAAUUUUAUAGUUCAAGAUAAAGAUGAUAUUGAACAUAAUGUUGAUGACAUUCUGAUUCCAAUCAAAGAAAACAAUGAUAACACAGAUAAAUGUAAUGAGUAUAAAAGUAAUAGAAAUGAUGAUAAUAAUGAUAAUUAUGAGUAUGAAGAUGAAGAUGAUGAUGGUGAUGAUGAUGAUAGUGGUUGGAUAACAUCUGGAAAUGUUAGUCGUAUAAAGAAAAAACUUGAUUCAGAUUUCCUUGAACAAAAAUCUGUAACUGUUGCAUGUUUAACAAUGGACUUUGCUAUGCAAAAUGUUUUAAAACAAAUGGGAUUAAAUGUGGUUGCAUUAGAUGGAAGAAUUAUUAAACAAAUGCGGACAUACAUUUUUAGAUGUCAUGCGUGUUAUAAAACCACUAGUAUUAUGACAAAAGUUUUUUGUCCUAAUUGUGGUAAUAAGACAUUAAAAAAGGUUGCAGUUACAUUAAAUGAAGAAGGAAAACAAGAAAUUCAUAUCAAUUUCCGGAGGCCACUUUCAAAAAAAGGAAAAAGAUUUUCUUUACCACUUCCAAAAGGUGGAAAACAUGCAAACAAUCCAAUUCUUUGUGAAGAUCAUCCAUUACCUGAUCAAAGACCAUCAAGACUAGCACGUACUAAAAAUAAUCCUUUAGAAGAUGAUCGUAUAGCUGAAUAUUCUCCAUUUGUUAUGCGCGAUGUACAUUCUAAAUCAGCUGUGUUGGGCAUAAGAACAAAAGGUCCUGCUAAAUAUUGGAUGCAAAGAAAUCCAAAUGAAGUUAGGAAAAGGAAAUAAUUAUUAUAUCCUUAUUUUCGUAUUUAUAUUUAGACAAUAAAUAAAUAAAUAAAUAAUUGU